AUGCCUCUCCCCCUCUCUUAUCCCGGCCUCAAAUGCGUUUUGGAGCAUUUGGAAGCAGUUAAGCGAGCACAUAUCAUUGGUCGCUCUCCGGGUCUUCAAAAAAUAGAUAAAUUGAUUCCACUUUGUUUGGGAAGCCUUACUAUUGACAGUGACAUAGUGACUCUUAACAAACUAUCAAUCAAAUGCAAUAAGAAAAAAGUGAAGUUUCAAAUGAAAAGGAAAACAAUCAGCCGACAGAUAUCAGAGAGUCAAGAAGACAAAAUGAAUAAAUUAAUCAACUAUUAUAUCUGUGGAAGGUCGAUCAUUCAUGUGGACAGUUUGAAUUGGUGUGACAGUUUCCUCCCAGAUGACAAUGGUGUCAAUCUGAAAUUUAGAGUGAAUUUUUUGAAAGCACUUUUUCCUGAAGACUUUGAAACCGUAAUUCCAUUAAUAGAUCCACGUAGUUUUCCUUUGAAAACUCUGGUCACUAUCCCCAACACAUCAACGUUUGACAAACAUGUUGUUAAGCAAGCGGAAACCCUUAUUCUGAAUAUCAUGAUUGAUCAUAUAGUCACUGUUGAAGACCUCAAGAAACUUAACAACCAAACAGUGGUACUUGAUCGCUUUUCCUACUCCAGCAUGAAUAUAAUUUCAUUGAUUAAAUAUCAUAUUGAAACUAAAAAAGAUAUUGGAACAACUUUUAUGAUUUCAUCACUUGCCAAUUGUUUCAUCAAUACAAUGUUGGAUGAGUUUAUACCAGCGUUUGGUGAAUUCCGAUGCGAUUUAUAUGGCGUUGAUGAAAGGCUCGUUCGCGUAUUGUCACAGUUCUCCAUUCCAAUCAACAAGAAGUCUAGAAUCCAAGUGUACGCAAUUGAGGUUGCAGAAGAAAAUUGUCCGUAUAAAAUAAUUGUGAAACCAGUGCCAGAAAUCUCUGGUAUAUAA